GACAAUCUCUCCUUCAUUUACGGAAAUACGGACUUUAAAAAUCUGUGUCCAUGGUCUCUCGGUCUCUCUUCCCUCCUUUUAAGAAAGAAAAGAAAAGAAUAUGUCUGUGAGCUGCUAAAACCCUAAAUCCGUGACGCAGCCUACAGCCCCAAUCAAAAGACAAAGCCCCUUCCCAUCAGUAAUCAAUGACUGCAAACAAAACUAUAAAUUAAAAAAACCCUAAAAAAUUCCCCAAUUCUCAGUUUCAAAAACCCUCAAAGCCCUUCUCUCUCUAUUUCCUUCUUUCUCUGACACUCUCACACCCAAAACAAAGAACACAGUGAAACAGAGAAACAAAAUAUCCAAAAGGGUCUCUGAAAUGCUUAGCAGUGAUGCAGAAACUGCUCCGCAUAAGCCCCUCAGGCCCCAUUCUGUGCACUUCGGCUAAGGCUCCUCUUUCCUCUCUCCCCUUGGCCUCAAGCAUUCUAUCAAAAGCUUUCAAGGGCUCAACCGAUAACCCUUCAAGAAUGCACACUGCAGCUACAGCUUUUCGCGGCGGCUCAGCACUCGCCGCUACUGUUCACAGCAAACCCACUUACAAUAUCCCCUAUCGCAUCAACUGCGGCCUCUGCCGCUGCUCAGUCCAUGACAGAGCCCCGUCCCGGGCUUGGCUUGUGCUCAAAGACUCCGGUUUGGGGUCCCGGCCGGCGUGGCUGCACACGAGCACUGAUGGGUCAUUUUCUGUUUCGGCAGCAGAGGGUUGCAAGGGUUUAGAGAAGGGUUUGGAGGGUUUUGAGGACUUGAGCGGUAGUGAUGGUGGAGAGGCUGAGAAGGGUUCGGAGGAGAAGCCAAAUAGGUUGAGUAAUAGGCGGCAGAGGAGUUCCGGGAGCGGCGGGUUAUUGGCUGGAAACCCGGACUUGUUGGCGAUUCCUGGCGUGGGGCCGAGGAACUUGAGAAAGCUGGUGGAAAAGGGUAUUGGGGGAGUUUCUGAGCUCAAGCAAUUGUACAGAGAUAAGUUCUUUGGAAAAGCUAGUCGGAAGAUGGUUGAGUAUUUACAAAGUUCGGUAGGAAUCAUCCACAAAAACCAUGCUGAGAGUAUUACUACUUAUAUUAAAGAGAGUGUUGAUGAAGAGUUGAAGGAGGACAGCUCGAACUCAGAAGUGAAGCAUACACAGAAGAAGCGGCUUACUUUCUGCGUUGAGGGAAAUAUCAGUGUUGGAAAGACAACAUUUCUUCAGAGAAUAGCAAAUGAAACACUUGAGCUAAGAGAUCUUGUUGAGGUGGUUCCAGAACCUAUUAACAAGUGGCAGGAUGUUGGACCCGACCAUUUUAAUAUAUUGAAUGCUUUCUAUGCUGAGCCGCAGAGGUAUGCCUAUACCUUCCAGAAUUAUGUGUUUGUUACAAGGUUGAUGCAGGAGAGAGAAUCCUCUAGUGGCAUCAAGCCCCUCCGGUUGAUGGAAAGGAGUGUUUUUAGUGAUAGGAUGGUUUUUGUGCGAGCUGUUCAUGAAGCGAAGUGGAUGAAUGAGAUGGAGAUCAGCAUCUAUGACUCCUGGUUUGACCCAGUUGUAUCGUCCUUGCCUGGGCUUAUCCCUGAUGGUUUCAUAUAUCUUAGAGCAAGUCCUGAUACUUGUCACAAGAGAAUGAAGCUACGGCAGAGAGCCGAGGAAGGUGGAGUCAGCCUAGAGUAUCUCCACGGCUUGCAUGAAAAACAUGAAAGCUGGCUUUUCCCAUUCCAGAGUGGUAAUCAUGGGGUCUUGUCUGUUAGUAAGCUUCCUUUACACAUGGACAGCUCUUUACCUCCCGAUAUUAGGGACCGUGUGUUCUAUUUGGAGGGUGAUCAUAUGCAUUCAAGUAUUCAAAAGGUUCCUGCUUUGGUUCUUGACUGCGAGCCCAACAUUGAUUUUAGCAAAGACAUUGAAGCAAAGAGGCAGUAUGCUCGACAAGUAGCAGAGUUUUUUGAAUUUGUGAAGAAAAAGCAAGAAGUCCCAUCUGCAAAAGGUGGUGAGGAAGCUAAGAAGAGUAGCCAACAACAACUAGUGCUGCCCCAAAAUGGAGAAUUAUGGGUUCCUGAUAAGCAUUUCCCCGAGUCAGCCCUCAAAUCUCUGGAGUUUAGACGAGCCAUGUCUCUCAUGUCUGGCUAGUGAAUUUGAAUCCUCUACUCUCGUUUUUGUUUAAGCUUUACUCAGAUACAUGUAAUGAGUCAUCUGUUUUCGUCUCAUUUGUGUCUGGGUUAUGUGUUAGAUCCUUGGCGCUUGUAUAAAAAUGUGUCUAACCCCUAGAGAUGUAGAGAAAGUUGUACUGCCCUUAAGGUUUCUGAAGUUUGGUUGAAGUUUUAUAAUUUGAAUGGAAACACUUCAUCAA